AUGGACGACUUCAUGAAGAAAACUUUCACCACAUCUCGUGGUCUUACGUAUACUUAUUACAGCUUCCCGUCGUCAGAAACGAAGCCUGUCCUUCUGCUUCAGCACGGCUUUCCAGACGAUCAUGAGCUUUGGUCGAAUAUUGUUCCCUACAUUAAAGACCUCGGUUUCCCGAUCGUAGUACCAGAUCUUCUCGGCUAUGGGGAAACAUCGAAACCGAGCGAUGCUUGGCUAUACAACAGCAAGGGCAUGGCAGGUGAUUUGAUGGAGAUAAUAGACCACGAAGGCUACACGUGGGUUAUUUCAGUAGGGCAUGAUUGGGGUUCUACCCUUGCACAGCGCCUGGCUCUGUGGCACCCUGAUCGUAUCGUCAGCUUGAUCAUCCUGAAUAUCCCUUAUCGACCACCAGCGCAGUUUGACGUUGAAGAGGCAAACAAAUUAUCCAUUCAGACUACCGGUUUGCCCAGGCUUGCGUAUCAGCAAUUCUUUGUGUCCCCUGGAGCCCGCCAAGUGAUUGAGGAUCACCUUGAAACCGCAUUCCAUGUGCUUCAUGGCAACGACGAGGGAACAAAAAAUUAUAUGGAAGACGUAUUGUGCCACCAUAGAGUGCUGGAGGCAACGCUUCGCAAUGAUACGCGUCAGCCACUGAAAACGUAUGCAAAAACACCUGGCUUCAAAGAAAAAUGGAUUGCUCGCAUGAAACGAGACGGUUUGGAAGGUCCCCUUAACUGGUAUCACGCGUUACAUUCAAACUAUCAUUGGGCAGUCGAGAAGGACCUUCCGACAGAGCGUCAUCGGCUCAAUAUUCCGGUCCUCUUCAUCGGCGCCACUAUGGAUGCUGUUGGAUUGACACAGGCUAUAUUUGUUCCUCAAAAAGCAGGGCUCCUCCCAGACCUGACGGUCAAAGAGAUUGAAAGUGGUCACUGGCAAACAUUUGAGGCACCUGAGAAAGGAGGACCAAUCAUUAGGAAAUUCCUGCAGGACAAGGUGCUUAAAGCAUACAGUAGCUGA